AUGCUGAACCAAGGCAAUACGUUACCAGGAACCGUCAACUCUCCACGGAGAAAAUCGGGCUCUGCCAGUGACUUUAUAUCCGACGACCGCUUCUGGGUAUUGCUGUGUUUCGUGGCCAUUCUGAUCCCAUGGGCUCCCUACCAUCUAAGUUAUCUUCCGCAUCUAAACUAUGUUCGAAACGACAUUGCUCAAAUGCAGUCGGAUCAGAAGCGCCUAUUGCUGGAUCUUCAAAAGACGACCAAAAAGGUGCAAAAGCUCAACAUUGAAUCCAGUACAUUGGAAGAGGAGAACAAUGCCCUGUUGUUCGACUUGAGAGAUCACGGGGACAAUGUGGAUACGGAGACGAACAAAUACAGAGAAGGUGAAGAAAUGGAAGAAUUGUUGCUCAAGAAGAUUGAUACUCUACAAGGAGCAAUCCAAACACGAAGUGAACAAGCAGUCAAGAAAACCUUUGGAGAAGGUCCCUUUCGAAUCAAGGUGACGUUGGCAUCGGAACCGGUCAACGAAUUCUUUAUCUUAGAAACCGCGCCAUUGGAUGUCAUGCCCCAUGCAGUCUAUCACUUUAUGAAGAUGGUGCAGAAUCAACUCUGGGAUGGACUCUCCAUGGUCAGUCGAUCGAGUGAACCCAUCUUGCAAGCCACGCCUCUGAAUGCAAACAGCAACUCCUGGGAAGAUAAGCGAUUCGAGGAUGCCAAUGUGACCCACAUGGCCUUUACCGAGUAUUCGUUCGAUUACCCUCCCAAAAAGUAUACGCUCGCCUUUGCGGGACGUCCAGGAGGUCCCGACUGGUAUGUCAACAUGGAAGAUCUCAAAGAUGAGUCGGAAGAAGGUGAAUCUUGUUUUGGGAUUGUGGUGGAGGGAUUUGAUGUGUUGGACCGCUUCAUGGGGAGAACGGGACGCUGGAAGAAACAUCAUCAAGUAGCCAUUGUUUCCAUUGACAUUAUGGCCUGA